ACCAUUAAGAGACCAUUUGGCCUAACAUAGAGAAGUGAGGAUUAUUUGCAUCGCAAACAUGCUUCCUAGUGUUACGAAAGUGGCUGAAAGGGUAACCACUUCUUCAUGGGAAACAGCUACAGAAGCUUUGAGGGUUUGGAAAAAGAGGCCAAAUGUUGUAAAUAGACGACUUUGUGGUUGUUGUGAAGUAUGGAGUGCAAAAAUACCGGCAAAUGGGCAUAAAUCAGUUGACUCUAAAUUACCGAAAGAAACUAUCUUUACAAGUACAAUCAUUGAAAAAGUAAGCAACCUAUUCCCAGAUUCGAACCACAAAGACCUGGACUGCCUUUCCAGUAUAUUAAACUCUAUUUGGUGCAGCUUUGAGAUGAGGUUCUGCCCAAACAAUGACAGCAGAGGAGAUUUACUUGUGGGAGAUAACUGGGAAAUACACUUGUGCUUGAGAAAAUUGCUACCAAGGUCAUUAAAAAAGUUCAGGAUUACUCUGGAAAUAGUUGUCACUUUUCUUGUUAAAAAUAGUGACCCAGGUAGUAGUCACUCUUUUACCACAUGGUUUAUUCCUUUAAAAUUGCUGGAUGGCGUCAGUCACACAGAUGGAGAUCAAUUACCUUACUUCUCUUAUGGAUUGAAUUAUUUCCAAGAAGGAGUUAAAAAAGGAAGAUUAGAGCUUGUCACAACCAACUUAUUUGAACAAGGAAUUGUGCCUGUGGGAACACUUUGUGCAAAUCUUGAUUGGUUAAAGGAAACUCUGCUACCUAAAUUGAAAAACUGGUCUGAAACAUUCAGCAUCGAUGAUCUUGCUACUUCUGAGAAUAAACUACAUUCACUGUCACUGGUUAAUGUUGAAGAGUAUUCAAGAAAGUACAAUGAACUGAAAACAAAGUAUGCAAAGUCUCUGAUUGAGUCAUGGCAAGAAAACACUGACCCUCAGAAGUUCGUUUUUGAAGAUAUAUCAAUCGCAUCAUACCUCACUGUGCUAUGGGAAGAAGAGCAAAAAGAAAACAGACAUUCUCAAAAACAGACAUUUAUAGAUCUUGGUUGUGGUAAUGGCUUGUUGGUUUACCUGCUUACGAGUGAAGGGUAUAGUGGCUGUGGCAUUGAUAUCAGAAGCAGAAAGAUUUGGGAGCAAUAUGGAGAUACUACUAAAUUAAUGGAACAAUCUUUGCACCCUAAUCAAUGCAAAUUUAGUGAUGUUGACUGGAUAAUUGGAAAUCAUUCUGAUGAGCUAACACCUUGGAUUCCAGUGAUUGCUGCAAGGUCUUCAUACAAAACGAAGUACUUUUUGCUGCCGUGCUGUUUUCACGAUUUUGAUGGAAAGUUCAAACAAAACUGCCACGACUCCUCGCAAUAUCAAAUCUAUCUUGACUACGUUGCUCAAAUCGGAAAAGACUGUGGAUUUGCGAUCGAACACGACAUUCAGCGAAUUCCUUCAACUAAAAGAGUGUGCCAUAUAGCAAGGAAAAGGACCUACUCUGAAACUGAACAAACCUCAAUUGAUGACAGGCUUCAAAACUUGCUAAAUUCAAGAAACUGCCGUCUGAAGCUUGAUAUGGACUUUAAUGAAGACAAUUCUAAAAAUUCGGAGAGCUCCAUGAAUCAAUCAACAUCCAACGACAGAAAUGAGACAGAAGAUAAAAACGGGUUUCAACCGAGGGUUGCCCAAGAAAGAGUCAGAAACUGCACACAAAUAAAUAAAGAUGUUAAAAGCCAUAUCGUAACAGCUGUUUUUAACAAGUUACUUGAAACUGAAAAUCGGCAUGGAACGGACCAUGGAAAUAUGACAUCUAAGGGAGUUCCUGUUGCAAGCUGGAAUUGUGGAGGUUCACUGGCGAUCGGACAAAUCACGUCUUUAUUUGGAAAAGACUGUCUUAAAGAACUCAAGUGCCAAUGUGGAGGUCUUCAAACUUUGCUAAAGAACCACGGGCAUAUCUUUAAAGUUGUAAAAGGCGAAGUUUCCUUGAGAAAUUAUAAAGACCAGUGCGAUAAUGGGAGCACACGGAAGAAAAAAAGCGCGAAAGCAACACAAAGGAACAAUUAUAAGACGAAAACAUGUUGGUUUCAUUUUCAUCAUCCUAAUGGUUGUAUUUUGCCUGAUGUAGACUGCAACUUCGCACAUUUUGAAGCCGAGGCGACAUAGAAACAAACAUUCAUGCAGUAAAUAGAAUUGCAUUGUUCGUCUUGAAAUGUUGUUGAAUUAAAUGUUUUGUACACGACUUAACAGCUACGUUGAUAGUAUUAACUACAUUGAAGUAUAAACAACGACGCUGUGAUUUCAAAACUACUGGAACCUGUUGGGCAGGCAAGUCUUCCCCCGUCCAUGCAGUCAGAAAACAUGCGCAGCAGAAAAGUAUGCUCUGUCUGCAAAGAUGGGGCAUAAGUCAUUUGUUAGAAAAAUUUCACAUCUUUUUCUCCCCAGCAAUUACAAAAUUUUAUAUAAAAGUUAAGUAUUAAAGUUACCCUUGUCUACUCCAUCUUUGGUGGCAUCAUUCUUGUUUCUGUCCUUUCUCAUUGCUUUAUCAAUACAGAGUUAACAUUAUUCCAAUCACUGAGAGCAUUUCAUUCUAGCAUUUCAAUAGAUUUUCAAAGUGUGACCUCGUAAAAUUGACCAAAUAACCAAAUGUGUGACCUUAAUAAGAUAAAAAAGCACCGAAAAUUAACUAUUUCCGCGCAAAAUAAGUGAAAUGUGCCAGAUUAUGACUGAGAUAUAGCUAGUGAAAGAGCCGAGUUUUGCCAAUGGCUUACAGUUAUUUGGCUUGGUUCACAGAUUGUAGAAUUAUUGGCCUGGCUCAUAGACUUUAGAUUUUGUGAUGUCAUCAAUUUGGUAAACUUUCUGAUCAUGUU